AUCAUUCCUCAAAGUCAUCUACCUUUCUUUUGGCCCGCUCUCUAUUAAUUACCUGCUGGUCUCUACGUUUUGCCUAUUGCUAUUAUACCUUCCCUUCUUCUCCUGCUUAAAUCGCUGCAUACCUUCUUUUCUUCCUUUCUUCCAGCUGAGCUUGAUCAGUUUUAGCUCACAUGAUUGUACUCUUUUCCAUCUGCUUACUUAUCUUGCGAACUCCCAACUGAUUUUCCCUUUAGCCGCCUCAAUUUUGAUUAUAGAGGUUUCAGGAUCAGAGUGUUCAGUACAAGAAUGGCUGCGCCGCCCAAUAGCCGCUUGCAGAGUAUGUUGCAGGCCGCGGUGCAAUCGGUUCAAUGGACUUACAGUCUCUUUUGGCAAGUUUGUCCCCAUCAAGGGAUCUUAGUAUGGGGAGAUGGGUAUUACAAUGGAGCAAUCAAGACUAGAAAGACAGUGCAACCAAUGGAGGUUAGUGCCGAGGAGGCUUCUUUGCAAAGGAGCCAGCAGCUUAGAGAGCUUUAUGAGUCACUGUCGGCAGGAGAAACGAACCAGCCAGUAAGGAGGCCUAGUGCAGCGUUGUCACCAGAGGACUUGACGGAGUCCGAAUGGUUCUAUUUGAUGUGUGUUUCCUUCUCUUUUCCUCCUGGUGUGGGGUUACCGGGAAAGGCAUAUGCACGGCGGCAGCACGUGUGGCUUACCGGUGCAAACGAGGUUGACAGCAAGACUUUUUCUAGGGCUAUUCUUGCAAAGAGUGCCCGUAUACAGACUGUAUUGUGCAUCCCACUUCUUGAUGGUGUUGUGGAGCUCGGAACAACUGAGAAGGUUCAAGAGGACCUUGGAUUUGUUCAACGAGUGAAGGGCUUCUUCACUGACCACCACCAUCCCCCUCUUCCCCCACCACCAAAACCAGCUCUUUCGGAACACUCAACUUCCAACCCCACCACCUCAUCAGAUCAACCCCACUUCCAGUCUCCCAUCCCCUCCACAUAUGGCGUCACAGAUCCUACAACCAAUGAUAAACAAGAUGACGACGAAGAGGAAGAGGAAGAGGAAGAGGAGGAGGAUGAAGAUGAAGAUGACGAAGACCAAGAAGGGUCCGACUCAGAAGCCGAAACAGGUCGAAACACUCGCUCAAUCGCUACGCUAGUACAAAAUGCUGAAACCGUGACAACAGCAGAGCCAAGCGAACUGAUGCAACUGGAGAUGUCCGAGGAUAUUAGAUUUGGCUCUCCGGACGAUGGGUCUAAUAAUUUGGAAUCAGAUUUGCGGUUGAUCGGUUCAGGAAAUCUAGCGGAUCAUCAAAGUCGAGGUGACUCGUUUAGAGUGGAGUCAGCUGGGAGGUGGGCUAUGGGGCAAGAUCCGUCGAGUAAUAACCUUCAAGCAGCACAUGCAGCAGGACCACCUCCACUGCAAGAGGUGCCCCAGGAAGACACCCACUACUCCCAAACAGUCUCGGCCAUUCUCCAGGGCGAGCGCAUGCGGUGGGCCGAGUCAUCCGCCGCAGCUUACCUCUCAUACUCCAACCAAUCUGCAUUCAUUAAGUGGACAAACCGCUGCUCUGAUCACGUCCUUCACUUUACUGUCGAGGGCACAUCCCAGUGGUUCCUCAAAUACAUUCUCUUCAGCGUCCCCUACCUCCACCACAAAUACCGUGAAGAGAAUUCACCCAGGUCACGUGAUGGAGAUUCUGCUAAUCGCUUCCGCAAGGGUAGCUCUACCCAGGAUGAGCUCAGUGCCAACCACGUCCUUGCUGAGCGCCGACGACGAGAGAAGCUCAACGAGAGGUUUAUAAUACUGAGGUCACUAGUCCCUUUCGUCACCAAAAUGGACAAAGCCUCAAUAUUGGGGGACACCAUAGAGUACGUAAAGCAACUCCGUAAAAAAAUUCAAGAGUUGGAAGCGCGUAACCGACAUAUGGAGAUUGAGCAAAGGUCAAGAUUGGCAGAACCACCACGGAGAACGUCUAGCUUGAAAGAACAAAGAAGUGCGGUCACCGUUCUGGAGAAGACUAAAAUUGGUCCGGGAUCAGAUAAGAGGAAGUUAAGAAUAGUAGAGGGUAGUGGCGGCUGCAUGAAGCCUAAGACGGUGGAGAGGUCGGAGUUGGAGGCAGAGACAAACAUAGAAGUGUCGAUAAUAGAGUGUGAUGCGUUGCUAGAGAUACAAUGCGAGUACAAAGAAGGGCUGCUACUUGAUAUAAUGCAAAUGCUUAGGGAGCUUCGGAUAGAAACAACAGCAGUUCAGUCAUCUUUGAAUAAUGGGGUAUUUGCGGCUGAAUUGAGGGCCAAGGUAAAGGACAAUGUUAGUGGAAGGAAGGUGAGCAUUGUGGAGGUAAAGAGGGCAAUACGUAAAAUAAUUCCUCAUGAUUGAUUUUUUUUUUUCUUUAUUUUUGGACUAGCUUAGAGUAAUUAAAUAAUUUUAUGUAAUGUGACGAUUCUUAGUGAAGAUAAUCUCACGUAGCCGUGUACAAUUUUAGUGUCAUAUUGUAGAGUUGAUGAGUGGUCAUCCAUGAAAUGUAACAUGUAUCGAAAAUUGCAAGAUUUUUGUUGCUCCA